AGAUGUCUCCACGACGCCACAGAUCACCGAGUCCUGACAGACAUCGAAGACGACGACAUUCACCAAGGUCAAGGUAAGAAACGUUAUUCUUACAGAACUUGCAACUGUGCUGUCUGUGGUAUCACUGAAACUAGAGUUUAACAAAAUACACAAGAACAUCGUGUGUACAUGUAUUGACGCUUAUUCUUUUUUCUAGACGAAGUCACUCUCGCUCUCCUCGUAGAAGAUCACGUUCUCCUCGCAGAAGAAGGUAAGAACUAUCCGUUCACAUACUGGAUAUACAGUUUUGCAGUAGAUUGACACUGAGGUGAAUAAUUGUUUUAGCAUACAGUAGCUAUACACCAUAGUAAAAUAAAAAUGACCAUAAAAAUUUGUAUUACAGCUCCUGUAAAGGCCGUAAUAGUUGUAAACAAAAGAGUAUAUGCACGCUUUUAGUAAUUUUAUUCAUUAGAAAUAGUUUUAAGAAUACCUCGACAUAUUCUUUGUGGCUUUCUUUGUGUUUGGCGGAGUGGCAGCUUCGUUCAGUAGAAAACAUUUGUUCGCCUGUAAAACGCCAUGGGAAGCUAUUUUGUUUUCGUCCGGAAAUGAAUAGUGCAUAAAUAUCUGGAGCUGAGCAACCAAUCAAAUUACGCCGAGUAUAUGGUAAAUACCGUCAUUAGCAAUAUCAAUUCUCCCGAAACAUUAAACUAUCAUGUCGUGACGAUUUUCCUUAUCCUUUUCAGUGCUUCACCACGUCGUCACCGACAUCGUAGUCGGAGUCGCUCGCCAGCUCGUCGUCAUCACUCGCCAUCACGGCGCCAUCGCCGUCGUUCACAAUCCCGUUCUCCGUCGCCUCACAAAUCAAAGAAAUCGAGCAGACGUGAAGGAAAGUCUGAAGCAAGUCAAGAGAGCAUGGAAAUUCAAGAAGCGAAUGCAGUGAGAGCAAAACUUGGUCUUAAACCUUUAAAACCAUGAGAUGUAUGUACAUUUUUGUGUAAUUUAUAAGUUUUAAACUGAGGCGGGACGUUUUUAAUUUAUUGGUUUACGGAUUUGACUUAAAAAAAGCAGGUCGAUAGGUCGGAAAAAAAUUUUAAAAAACACACUGAGUAUAAAUGAGAACCAAAUUUAAUAAUCUCUUUUAAAUUUUUUAACGUUGUACAAACAUGACUAAUUAUCUCCAUCUUGGUUGUCACAACGAUAACAUGAGCCAGCAGUACUUAGAGUCAAAGUUUACUUGGCGUGCACUUCAUCUCAGAACCCCAAAUUAACUAAAAUCGUAAAAUUGUUGAUAUCCAAUUUUUUUUUAUUUUUCACUUUCCGAAUAUUUACGGUCGGCGGAUCCGUAAACCAUUAAAACCAAUGAAUAAAAAAGCCUCGCCUGAUAUAAGUGUUCAUCAUUCGUGAGUCAUUACAAGCAUUCCUCAAAUCUGGUUUCCCGCGAAUCCGAUGUUGCGCGAAUCUACUGUCUUUAUAUGUUUGCACAAAAGGAAAGUUACAUGCUUAUUAUAGAAUGAACAAAAAUAUUUCUGUGAGUCUUUCUCUGUUGCAUUACUCGUUGAUCAUGUAUUCAUGUUAUGUGGCAAACAUACGCAUAUAGGAGAACGUCAAGGCAUUGCUCGAAAUAAUGACUAGACGUGUUACUCGAGGUCAUAAUAUUGUAAAUAAUGCCAAGAGUUGAGGAUAUUGUCCAACAUGUAGUCGUUUGCGUCUAAGCGCCUUGGACACGUGCAUGCCCGUAUUGUACAAUUCGACUCCGCCUCGAACAUGGGUUAAACGGCGCAUUUACAUUCCAAGGGAUGUAGAAUAUACACAUUGACGUAAAUUCUUUUCACUUUAUUGUAGGCAGUGCAUGCGUUAAUAAUUAGUAUUCAUUCACGUUCUUUUCAAAAGGGGAAAUUUCGGGCUCCCCCUUUCAAAGUUGAAAAUGAGCGAGGGUGGAAUGAUGCAAACAUGUGUAUUUAGUGGUCGACCCAAGUGCAGUAUCCACAGAAUUUUCACCAUGACUGCAAAUGUAUGUAGUGCGCCGGCAGGGCUUAAAAAAUAGGCAUACGGACGUACGAUUGUACGCUGAAAUUUAUAAACUUGGCGUACGCCAAGAAUUUCAGACAAGUACGAUCGCGUACACUUCCCACAGUAGAGCUGAACCUUUCUAUUUGCAUUAAAAUCCUUCAGACAACAAAUAUUCGUCUCUAACGCUGAUCCUGAAAUAUCAAACAUGAAAUAUUGAUCUGGAAAUACUGAGUUCACUCCGGACCGCCAUCUUUGUUUACGUCGUUUAAAUCUAGCAUUUCAAACGUAUUUUUAUACGGGAAUUUUAUAGGAAAACUAGUACACAAAAUCGCAUGUCAACAUCGAUUCAACUUACGUCAAUUUAGUACGGAGAGUACGACCUCGUAUGGCAUUACUGAUUUAUUUUUUAAGCCCUGCGCGGUAGUAUUUAACAGUUAUUUGAAGCGAGACAAAUAUUUAACAAUAUCAGCCACAAACAGAGUUACAGCUAUAUUUUAUAUUUAUUUGUUACAAAAUGGAAGACAUGCUAACAUGCAACUUGUCUAAUCUAUAUAAAGUAAGAUAUUACAUGUACUACUAAUAACCUUCACUGUGUACGAGUUUUUAAAAAAUGAAAUAUCCAAAUUAUUGUUGUCAAACAGUAGUGGAAGUUUCCUUGUUGUCCGUGUUCCCCUCUUCACUCACAUUCGUACUUUUAUUCUUGAGUGCGUCAAAUGCACUUAUUUCUUGAACUUUACUCUUAAAUUUAUUCUCAGCUUUAUUUGAGGAAUCAUUAAGACGCGAUUUGACAUGAGAGUAAUCAGAUGGAGCGUUAAAUAUCUUGACAUCAGUGCGGCUUUUGGAAACUUGAUUCUCCUUGCCUUGCCCUGGUUCAGUUCCAUUUACUGCGUCAAGAUCUUGUGAGUUGACUUGAGACGACCGUCUGCUAGAUGAGCCAUCAUCAAACAAUCUUGACUUCACGUGAGAAUAAUCCGAUGAAGCGUUAAAAAUCUUCACACUUCCUCGCCUUCCUGAUAAUUCAUCACUGCUGAUAUCUCCAUCAUCCUCAAUGCCGACUUUAGAUUUUCUACGAACGUUUGGUGAUGGUUUGAGUAGAUUCUCAGAAUUAACUUGAUUUGCAUUGGCAUCAAAUAAACGUGAUUUAACAUGAGAAUAAUCUGAUGAUGAGUUAAAAAUCUUCACGCCAUUUCGUUUUUCUCCUUCAGCAGAAGUGUUUUCUCCGGGUUUGACAUCACCAUCAUCUUCAAUACCAACUUUAGAUCUUCGUCUUGUGUUUGGUGAAGGUUUGAGAUAUGUUUGACUUCCACUGGCGUUAGGAUCAAACAAACGAGAUUUCACACGAGAGUAAUCAGACGGAGAGUUGAAGAUUUUCACAGCAUUUCUGAUUUUCUCAUCAUCGCCAGUCUUCUGGUCACCAUCAUCGUCAACUCCAACUUUAGACUUUCGUCUCGUGUUUGGUGAAGCCUUAAGCGUGUUUUGAGUGUUUGGUGAAGCCUUAAGCGUGUUUUGAGUGUUUGCAUCAAAGAGACGAGACUUCACGUGUGCCCAGUUCGUUGGUGCAUUAAAUAUCUUAACAUUACUUUUGGAUUUUUGACCAUUAUCACCAGAAGUGUUAUUUUUUGGGUUGUCUACGUCCACGUCAUUUUUAGAUUUUUCACCAAGUGUCACCUUAUCUCUGUUACCAAGAUUCGCUUGACUGUCAUUGGAUGUUUGAUCUAUGUUUACAGCAGGAACACUGCUGGUGUUAUUAGUUUGAACGUUAGGUGUAUUAUCGUCACUCGUAGGUUUUCUUGCAAAUAUACCAAAUGAAUUCAACUGUCGAACUUUCUUCUUGAACUUUCCACCACUACCUUUAGCAUUAUAAUGUGAGACAUAAGCCAGGGAGCCACCGUAAGCAGAACUCAGAACUUUUGACUUUGCUUUCUUUUUUUCUUCCUGGUUAUUUUCCACGCCAGAACUUUCUGGUACUUCCUGUUCUGCUGGUUGUGGAUCUGGGGAUAUCCCCAUUUGUACCUCCUGAUCCGCUGCCGUCUUGGUCUCUCCAAGUAAUUCCACAGUUUGCUCGUUGACAUCAGAAGGAACUUCAUCAUUGCUGGUGUCACUUCCUGUUUGUUUGCUGUCUCCAUCGGAAUCACUGCUUCGUAUCGUUAUGGCAACAGAACUAACAUUUCUGUUCGGAGCUUCACUCUCAGUGGGUGUAUGCAAGUCCCGUUCCUAAACAAAAUUAAGAAAUUCGUUUAUUCUUAAUCCUCACAAAUCUUUAUUGUAAUACUGCAAAAGUGGAAACGUAGAAGUGCCUAUUUAGUUUGUGUCCCUUUCCCAAAUUGGUCAGUUUUAUUUCGUGCCAUCGUAGCCGCAACGUGAACAUAAUCUUAACUCUGUCAAGCCAAAUAAAGUUUUUAUAAUGAUUUAAACACAAAGUUGAAGAUAUUAGAGAGGUUUAGAUUUGACUUCCACCACCGCUUCCUCUCACUAGCUUAGUACGUAUCUGUUGGUUAAUCGGAUAUAUCAAACGCAUCUGAUUGGUUAAUGGUCCCUUAAGUAGUGGAAGUGAAAUCUGAAUCCCUCUAUUAUCAAGACUGCAGGGUGUUUUACCAGCCAGAAAAAAUACACCUACACAGUUGUGAUUAAAAUAUGACUAAAAAUGUAAAACCUGGCUCUACCUCUCCAAUACUGGCCAAGUUUCCAAUUUUACUUGACAACUCAGUACUUGAAGACGGCUCCAUACCAAGAUACGCUCUGAGUUGAGCCAGCUCUUUAUCACGCUGAAAUAUAAUUGUGAGAUUUAAGAUUUAUGGGUAAAUAUCAGGAUUUGGGGCAUCUCACUCGAUAAAACUAAUUGUUGAUGGAAACUAUAGGUCAUCUGGCAGGAGUUGAAGCUGCGGCCUGCGAUUCCGAUGCAGCGCUCUAACCAACUGAGCUACAGAUAGACAGUUGUCGAGCUCUAACCACACGUUCUUGUAUAAAUACUAAAGUGAUGCCAAUAUAAGGGCCGCAGGUUUGAUUCCUGCCAGAGGGGUUAGGUCUAAUAAAUGUAUAAAAUUUACACUCGGAAUUUUCCUCUACAAAACCCUUCAACAUUGAGAUUUUAAACUCAGAUGAACACUUUUUGAGAAAGUAAAUUGACAUAUCGUAUAUCGUUGAUUAUGCAAUUAUAUAAAUGUAUUCGCCGGUAUAUACUCACAUCAGAUAGGGUUUUUUGAAGCAAUAAGAUCUCUGAAUCAUCAGAUCCACGCCGUGGUUCAUCACAGCCACUUUCUGAAACGGGAAAGCCAUCUCUUUUGUUGGGAUUUCUGUUCUCUAGUCCACUGUCGACCUACAAACAUCGAUUCAUUUGGGUUAAUGUCUGCAUAAAAAGGACUACGUUACAGAGCUGCGAUCUGGGACUAGUCCGAAGUCAAUUAGCUUUACCCUAUGUGGUUAACUUGCAAUUCUAAGCAAACUUCCUAACAACUUGUUUAAAAAUUUGGAAAUAUUUCUUCAGAAAUAUUGUCUGGGUUAGUAGGGGUUUUCUUCUCUGAAGUUUUGAAAUAAACAACGCGCAGGGGAAUACAUGAAUCAAAACAGCACGUCUGCAGGUUAAAUUUUAACCCAGGUUUGGCACUAAUCCAGCUUUGAACAACCGUCCCCUGGAGUUUUGGUUUUAUAAACCCAAACAGUACAUUAGGAAUGGUAAUGACAAAUAGGAAAAAGAAAUAUACCCCCGGACACUUGAUACAUACCUUGCUCCCAACAUGAGAGAAAUCUAACUUUCUGUGAUACACUUUAAAACGAUUAAAAUUCUGUCUACCAGUGCCGCGUUUAUUGUCGUUGUUCUCUUCCAUAAAACCAUCGUUAACAUGACCUGGACCAUCAGAGGAUUCAAAGUGACCGCCGCCAUUUGUAUGAAAGUAAUCCAUCGUCUGUGUUUCUUUUGCGGCCAAAGUUGCUCGAUGAUUACGACGUAACCGCUUCAACUCUUCUUCUCGCUACAAUAUAACAAAAAAUAAUAAUUAAGUUCCCUUUUUCGAGAAAUACUUUCCGAGAAAUGCGUUGCGACACCUAAGAUUGUAAUCCAAAAAAAGACAGGAUUGACUUUUUUCUUUGCCGCAUUUAUCUAGAACUUAUCCAGAGAUCAUGUAGUAGAACCAUGAGUUUAUUGGUAAUAAUGAUUUUUUCUUUGCCGCAUUUAUCUAGAACUUAUCCAGAGAUCAUGUAGUAGAACCAUGAGUUUAUUGGUAAUAAUGAGGCUUCGGUGGCGCAGUCGUCAGCGCCUUUCACCUCUGAGAUUGUGGGUUCCAUAGUCAGUCAACGAUCAUAUUCACAUGUGAAUUUGCGCUAUAGAAAUGCUAAUACUACAGGUUUCCGUAUGAGUCUAUUUGACCUUUUCUGAAGAUGAGGAAUGGUUAUCUCAUUAGAAACUCCGGAUGAGCAACUCUACUUCUUGCUGAAGACCAGGGUGGAAAGAAAAGAAAUAUUCAAUUGACUGGCGAAUGCCACGUGGACAAAAACCUUUUGUUUCCGUGCAGUCAAAUUCAUGGGGGGGGGCGUCUAUUUUCAUUAUUCAUUAUCAUGAAUACAAAAACGUAAUGCUAUAAUUCUGUCAUCAUCUGAAAUCAGGAUAGGCCAAUGUAAAGAAUGCUUGCAGUAUUCACUACAAUAAACAUUUUUAUAAGUCAUAGCUUGAGAUCAUGGCAACAAAAAAUGAGCAAAUCUUUUAUAAUUAUAUUUUAUAAUUAUAUUUCCAUAUUCCAGAGAUCAGGAUUUUAAUAUCAAUAAUGGUCGUAAGAAGUCAUCAUUUAAAUAUUUUCUGUGCGCAAUCCCAAAAGGUUACAAAACAACACGGUCUCUUCUUGGAGACGAGGGCGGCGGACGGGAAACUAAAGUCUAAUUUGGAGUGGCCUGGUAAUAUACAGAAUACUAUUUUAAAAAAAUAUCUUAAAGUACCUUCUCUACUUCCUUUUGCAAAAUAAUGAUCUGUCUCUCUCUAUCAGCAGGCAUAUCGCCAAUCUGAUAAUCCAGCUUUUCAUUCUGCUUUACAAACGAUCCGCGGUCUUUCCUUGGUCCACGUAGUAAGGCGUCCCAUAGUACCUUGCAGCAGCUCAGUGGAUAACAUAUACAGCAACAUCCUGCUGCCAAACAUGCAGCUAUAGGAGCACAACAUGCCGCAAUAACACCAGAGCAACAUUUCGUAUUCCCACUGUCAUCUUUACUGCGCACUUUGAUCAUGUUGCGAGGACAGCAGAAGAUAUUUAUUAUCUAAAAACAAAACAUCAAUCAGAAAUUAGAAAUCAACGGAACAUUAAAACUACACUAACUUUACCUUUAUUAAAUAUGACUAUUGUUCAAGGAUUGUAGAUGGAAAAUGUCGAGUGUGAAUUGGGUUGAAAAGUUCGAGUGUCGAAAUCACCAUUCAACAAACGCUUCAACAAUUAGUUCUGUCCAGUGUGGAUGCCCUGAUCUUUGCUAGAUAGCUCUAUCAGUUGUAUACUAUGAUUGACAAUGAUUUUAUGUGAGACCAUUUAUCAGUAAUGACAGGGCGGCCGAGAAGUUGUGCAGGAGUAGGGGCAAAACUUUCCCAGGGCGGCCCUAUGACAUCAUAAUUGUAAAAUAGGAGAAGCCGUGUUUCACAUACAGUACUGUAUAUUACACUUUAGUAUCCAGUACUAACGCAGCUAGGAUUCACUUCUCAGUUAAGCAAUUUUGUAUCAAGAAAUUUUAAGGACCUUCAUUGCUUUGGGGGCUUUUAAGGACCUUCAUUGCGUUUGAGCUGGGGACCAGGGGCAAAGCGAGCGGAGCUCCCUUGCCCCCCCCCCCCUCUCGGCGGCCAAGAUGUACAGUAGUUGUCGACGUACCUUGUGUCCAUACAGGAAUCCAAGCACGAUGUAGGUAUAGAUAAUGAUGAUAAUUCCCAGCAUGCCGUAAUGUGGCGUUGGAUGCAAUCUUAAUGUGUAGGCGAAUAUCAAAGCAAGAACACAGCACGGGACAGCAAGAAGCAGUAAUGUCGCACAAUAUUGAGCAUCCACGAGCUUACGAGUGUAAACUUUGCGCACUUUCCAUGACAUGUAAGCACCAAAUAACAAGAUUAGAAUUUUGUACGUUAAGAAGAUAGCCGACCACAGAGCCAGGUUCUCACAAUCACAGAUCUCGAUGUACCAGAUUGUCGCGAUAAACGGAUUACCAGAUAACUUCUAAAAUACAAGAUAACCAAAAAGAUUUGACACGAUUUAUUGCUACAAAAUCUUUAUUCGUACUAGUAAGCUCCUCUCUGUCUUGGCGCAGUGUUAGUACAAGAGGAAAACUAAUCUCAACUGAUUUAUUUAUACAUGACAGUUGUCACUAUGGUUGUGUCACUACAUGGGGGCAAAGGUGCCCCUUUUUGAGAUGUUUUAAAAAAUCAUUACAUGUUCGCUGCCGGAGCCCAACAUCGCAAACCAGACUGGGGCGGCGGCGCCUAGAAAUACAUUAAGAUCCAUUCAAAACCUGCGGUGUUUGCCUGUUUCACAGAAGCGCUCCCAUGCGAGUGAGGCGAUAUGGAAACAGGGGCGUAGCCAGCCCCAGAUAUGUGUAAUCGUCUGGCCGGCCGGGGGACGAUGGACUUUUUUUUCUACUUUUAAGGUCUGCGAAAAGCUAUUUCAUGCAUUUUAGACACGUUUUAUAAUAAUCUAAAAGCCACAGAUUUGAUAUAUUUCAUGUUGUAGAUGAAAACGUUAAUAGGUUACUACCCCGCACCCAGUUUCUUCUCAGUUUUGAAAGAAUUACAAAAUUGAUCUUGAAGAAAAGUGGCGAACGAACCCCCAUUCUUCCCAUGGCUACGAUUCUUAUUGGAAAUACAACAAUAAUCGAAGGCCAGUCAUAGAGGCGAGACCUCUUCUCAAUCUUAUUUUGUGUUUAACCAUCGUUCUUCGUUCCAAUUUUCCCUAAUUUCUUUCGUUCAUUUCCCCACAAUUUAGCUAUCAUUCUUAAUUGUUAAUCGGUGUCAAUCAAAUAUUUUUUCUUCCUAUCCAAAUUCAUGUUUUGCAGACUGGGAUUCGAUAUUUUGCCGACUACCUGACGACUGGGGGUGUUAUACCCGCACCCCCCCCCCCCCCCCCCCCCCCCCCCCCUUUAGCGCCAUACACAAAGCAUAGUGUCAACAACACUCUGUUUAUUUCAAAGACCAUGUCAAGUCCGUUCUGCGCAUCAGUUCUGCUCAUAACAAAUGGGGACCCACAGAUAUAAACAUUACUCAAAUUUGCAUCUUUCGAACUUUUUUGAAUUGAAACGUACUCUAGUUUAUAUUCAUUUACAAUUGUGAACCAGAAAAGUGUUAGAUAUUCAGUUAAGUAUGUCUUAUUUUACAAAUAUAGCAGUUCAAAAUGUAGACAAAGGAUUUGUUUACAUUAGGGACUUGACAUGGUCUUUAAGAAAGAAAGUUAUAAAUCUCACCUGGAAACACUGAUAUUCAGGUUGAUCUGUGACAGUUUCGAAACUUCGAUACAGUCCAUCAAUGACGGUCCAUAUUGUUAAAUAAAUAACGUCAAUUACAAAAAAUACCAUGACGAUACCAAACAUCCAAUAUUCCAUCUUUCUCUGAAAUAUACAGUUGCAUUAUCAGUUUGUUAAUUCUAAGAAAUAUAUUUAUAUACCAACGAAACAGCUUGGUAUAAGUUUCGGUUGUAAAACACACAUACAUUGUCAUGUGGCAAUUUUCAAAAAUUCUAUAAACUGCCUCUUCACGUACAGUAUAUAUUACAUAUGUCAAAAACGUUGAACAUUUUGUUGUGUCAGAUAGGUGCCACAAAUUUCUCUAAUUAUCUAAUAGGCAAUGCCCAGAAGUGUAUAGCCACGGGGGGAUGGGGGUCCGGACCCCCUUCUUCAAUUCUUUCAAAAUUGAGGAGAAACUGGUGGGCGCAGCCUCUUAAUGUUUUUAGCUAUGACGCUGAUGAAAUAUACCAAAUUUCUGAGGCUUUCAGAUGAUCAUAAAACGUGUCUAAAAUGCAUGAAAUAGUGUUUCGCAGACCCUGAAAAUAGAAUUUUGUUCUGGGGAUUAGAAGUCCCCCCCCCCCCCCCGUCGAUUCAAAUUACCUUUCUAUAAACUUUCCUUUCAAUCAAAAUUUGAUAUAAUGUCCACACUUUCACCCAUAAUCCUCCAAUGCAAAACGUAAAACCAAGAGAGAAUAUCCAAACACGAGCCUGCAAUCAUCAAGUUGAAAAACCUUUCAAUGGACAUUUACACUUACGAAACGAUCAUGAAACACUAGAGUUGGCAAGCGGGUGUCAGCACUCUCAAGAGAAUUCUUUUCUCAUUCUCGAGAAUUCUACACUAAGUUGAAAAGUAAUGAGAUAUUAAAACAGUAAUGGUCACUGAGUGGGUGUCUCAGUAUCUGAGCGGAUAUGGUUUAAAAUGUUUAUUUGCAGAUGAGUUUUGUAGAUGCAAAUUUCGAGUGUGAAUUUUAUACAUUAAACCAAGAGAGAUGGCGAAAAAUAAAACUAGUUAUUGGCAGGAAUCGAACCUGCCUCUAUUCUCGCUGCCCUGGGAAACAUUCACAUUCCUCUACAGACAACUGUAUGGCUUUCCAGGAUUAUGAAAACAUCACAUUCCUCUACAGACAACUGUGUGGCUUUCCAGGAUUAUGAAAACAUCACAUUCCUCUACAGACAACUGUGUGGCUUUCCAGGAUUAUGAAAACAGGAGAAGAAAUUAAAAACGUGGAGAAACUAUUCAGCAACAUUUCCGAAUUAAUAAAAGUAUUUUUCAUUUAUAUUUUAAAAUUACUGUGAAGCCUUGGGCCAUAGUUUUGAAUAGCUAUUGUUCCUGCAAUAACAUACCUUACAUAUGAUGGUCAUUCUCGAUUCAUUUGCUCGUUGAUAAUCUACUCCAUACAAUACGACAGCGACAAAGUUGAGCAAACAACCAAGAAUUAUGAACAUGUUGAUCGUAGGAGAGGAGUACUUGAUUGACCUGAUGUACAAAACAACAAAUAUUUAAGUAUGCAGAGAACGUUUCUUGCAUGAAUGAAGAGCAAUUUGUGAAUUGCAUAACGACUGCUGCUAAGUCGUACGGACUUCCUAAGGUACAAUACGUGUCACCAAGACUUACGCCCGUAUAUAUAUUCUAAAAGCUCACUCACACUGAAACUCAAUGAGUGGAGGUUCAAUCUAAGCUUCUCUUGAGUGUCAAUGCUGUUUUUUAAUAGCUGGAGGGUGAGUAGUCACAUAGUAAGGUAGGAUACUAACCCUUCGGCUAUUUAAAAACAGCAUUGACACGCAAGAGAAGCUUAGAUUGAACCUCCACUCAUUGAGUUUGAGUGUGCUUUUAGAAUACGGGCGUUAAUCUCGAUAGUCAAAAUUUUUUUUGGCAUGUACAGUAGCUUUCCAGAAAGCAGCUCCAAUCUCUUUAAAGAGUUCUGAGCACAGUAUAAUAAAUCGACUAGAAUGUCACCAAACAAACAUAUAUUAAAUUUCGCAGAGUUUAAUAUUUGAUUUAUUCACCCAAUCAGUAUCUUUACCUUUCUCUUCGAUAUAUAAUGACAAACGCCAAGCAGAAGAUAGCGUAGAUCAUUCCUAGAGCUGCCAGGACACACCACGCAAUGAAGAGACCAAGUUCAAUGUAUCGCCAUUUGGACGUGGUAGUUGUUCUUUGGUAUGGCCAUCCUCCUAUGAAUGAAGACGUUUGUACAUUCUAAAAACACUGUCAUUACAAUUUCACGGUUAACCUAGAAAUAAUCUUUCAUGGCCAUACGCUGUGGGCGGGGGAUGACAGCAAGGGUAAUAAGACUCCAUAGAAAAUUUCCAUAUUAUGGAAGUGUGCAAAACAUUGGAAAUUUAAUUUCCAAACUUUUUUAGGUAAUUUCUACAAAAUCUUCACAGUAUGGUGUUUCAAUUUUUCCAGUGUCUUGGCGUUACCUCGCGGUUCAUUAAGAGCUCUGGAACCAGGAUACGUCUAGGUUGGAAUGCGGUAUAAAUAUAAGUCUCAAAAUUAUUACUGACCCUGGGAUUCUUUAAAUCCUUGCCACAAAAUUUGGUUUUUAUGAUCAUAAUGAUCUUUGUCUUCGUCAUAGCUUCCGGCAUAGUAACCAACACCAUCUACAGAAUCAAAAGGACCAAUAUCAUCGAUAUCAGUUUAACAAUGCUGGAAAUAUCGUCAUUAUGUACAUGCAGAUAUCAACAUUGAUACGUUUCAUUCUACUUACUUCUACGAACUUGAAGGACGUCCAUUGAAAAUUUUCGGUUGCCAUUGUCAUAAAAUCUGACCCGACCCUAAACGAGAAUUGUUUGUUCUGUGACGUGUAUUGUUGUAUUGAGAAAUGUAUACAACAAAAACAAGACCACAAAAUUUUCCUGCCCAACCUGGACCUUGGCUGUCCUUGCAUUUGUUUUUAGGGACAGAGUAAGAUUAAAAUAUAAAAUUCUAAGAAGAAAAAUCAUCUGUAUUUCUUACUGUAACUCCAUUAAAAUCAGUUUCAUAAGCGAGUUUUUCCAGCAAUUCAGUUUCCUCGCUAUAACUCAAGUUAUUUAAAACUUUGCCUUUCUUCUCCAGUACAGGACGAGCUCGUUCUAAGAUGUCUGCCAUAGUCCAUAUCGCAUCAUAAGCAUAAGGUGCUACACUUGUUCUGUUCUUGCUUGAGUUCACCAGAUCGUUGUAUAUCUGGGAGAAUGUCACAUUUGACUAGAAGUUUAAAAUGAAAACUACUUGGUAUCGAUUGUAGUGAUUCCAUGGUUGAUCAAUUAGUGUUGAUAAUAUACAAUAUAUACAGUGUGUCUGAUAAUCUAUAUACCUAAGUUUAUAGUUUAAUGAAUUUGUCACAUUUACACCCACUACAUUACAUUACUUGACUUAUGCAAAAGCAAUAAUGGUUAGGAUUUGUCACUUCCCAAAGUGUAAGAUUUUAAUAUUAAAAGUUCAUCAAAACUACAAUCUCAGUCAAGCAUUGACACUGUCACGCUAAGAUUGAAUAUUGUCGUUUCAGUAAUAUAUUGUACAAUAUGUUCCAUCCUAGUGCCUGUCGUUGUCAAGCAUGUGAGGACGUGUGACGUCACCGCUCAAGCACCAGUACUCCAGAUACUAAUAUUGUGACUUAACGAAGAGAGAGUACCUGGCGAGAACAUGCAGAAGAUUCAACUACAUGAAAAAUGCAAAAAGUACUGCAACGUCUGGAAGUCAGUAAAGAAACUUUUACACAAAGGACCUUCGCUCGAAAUGUCGUUUUUGUAUUGUUCAGGUACACACAACGCACAAGUUGCAACAAACCUGCAGCAGACUUGUAGCAAUGCUGUCCAACAACUUGUCAAUAGGACGUGUUCAUACUGCUGGUUCCCACCUUGUUGACAAGUUAUCAACGGCUUGUUGAUAACUUACUACAAGGUUGUUGAAUUCAACAGACUUGUAACAAAUUGUUCCAACAAAUAACAGCAUUAUUACAACUUGUUGACAAGCUUGCUUACGCUUCUGUUGCGAUCAGAUCUUGUUAACAAGUUACGUGUGCAGUUGAAUCUCCUACAGUGCUCGCGUUUUGAACCAUUGCUACCGGCACCAUUUCAAACUAUCACUGACCUCACUAUUGAGUAGAUUGCUUGGUCUAUAAAUUGAGGCUCCAUAAAAUGAGAAAUGAUUUUCAACAAUACAAGUCAUUUCAUCUUCACUACACUCGAGAUUGUCAUUUGCGUUUGGAGUCCAAAAUUUGAAAGGCAAUAAAGUGAAUGUAAUCCACACGUAAUGUGGACCAUACAUGCCAAGCUGAAAUGCCUAAAACAAAUGGAAAUAAUUAUACUUUUCAUUUUUCGUUGACAGAAUGGGGAAACUAGCCGCUGACCGAAUUUUAUACGUACUGUGCAUGCAGUUAUGGGCGGGAGUCGCCGCCAAUGUUUCACAGAGUGUAGUUUUAGAUUCGUUCAAAUUCGAUGAAAAAUUAGGAAGGAGAGUGGAAAAGUGUCAUCAUACGGUGUUGCGUAUCUUACACGCAUCUAUAGAGCUCUGUGUAAAUAUGUCUCCCGCUGAAUUAAAUUG